AUGCUGGAUUGUAUGAUGUCGUUGUCAUGGCAUCCAGCAGCGCAGAUUCUUGCGCAACUGUCUAGAAUUGUUUACUACAGCAGUAUGCAGAUGUUGACCCGGGGUCAAAUCUACACCUGCAAUCUUCCAAUCUCUCCAUCUUCAGGAUGUAUGCUAUCAUCAAUCAUUCGUUUGGCUGCUGCUUCACGAAAACAUCUGGGACCGGCCAUUCAAGGACAACAACGUUUGAACGGGACCAACGGCCAUCCAAAAAAGUCAGGCAAUCAGCUGAAGGCCAUAGUUUGCAUGUGA